GUAGGCUGCUAAGUAGGCGAGUUUCUUUGAGGCGUCGUACGAGUCUUCAACAACUGGCGCCGGCGUAUCCUUUCCGAUUCAAUCUCGCGGACGUGAGAAGUUCUUUGGAAACGGCUGAGAUGGAACGUCGUCGGAAAGGUGAAGCUGUGGUUUACGAUGGCGAAAAAGAUGAUACAGAGAAUGGAGUGCUUAUUCAUGAAAGAGGAGAAACAAGUCAUGAAUUGCAGGACGUGAGAAGUUCUUUGGAUACGGCUGAGAUGGAACGUCGUCGGAAAGGUAAAGCUGUGGUUUAUGAUGGCGAAAAAGAUGAUACAGAGACUGGAGUGUUAAUUCAAGAAAGAGGAGAAACAAGUUAUGUUGGGGUAGGAGGGGGAAGUAGCGAACAAAGGAUUAACAUAGAAGAACUGUUGAGUGGUCAAGAAGCUCAUCAACACAAGCAGCAGACUGAUUCCGUAUACAAAGAAUCACUGUUGACUUCCAGAAACAUCGUUGCUUUGGUGGUGAUCUUUAUGGCAACAGUUGGAUGGUCGACAGGGUUAAAUCCCCCAGGAGGGUUAAACGAUGAUGGAGAGGCAGCCGUUGGGAAAAAGACAGCAUUCUUCAUCUUCAUGCUUGCGGUUUACACCAUGGUUCCUGUUAGUUUGAUAACUCUUGGUCUGCUUUGUGGUGUUACCCCUCGUAACCAGAAAGUGCAGAGAAACACAUUGAAGGUCUGUCAUGCUUUCAUGUGGAUUGGCUUGAUAUCAUUUGCAGUGGCGUUUGUUUCCGGCAGUUGGUUGAUUGUGCCAAGCGAUAGAUUCUGGUUAAAGCUGAUUGGUUUGUUAAACACACUUGCUGCUAUGAUUGUUCUCAUCUCUUACAUAUGGUCAAAGCAAGCCAGGAAGUUUUUUAGGCGCCUCUCUUUCUGUGAUUUGGACGGUUCAUCUGAUGAAGACGAACAAGCCAGGAAGUUUUUUAGGCGCCUCUCUUUCUGUGAUUUGGACGGUUCAUCUGAUGAAGCCGAAGUAGAAACUUCUAUGGUUGCUACUCAUAUCGAGACAUAG